AUGAAGCGCAAGCGUGGCCGCAAGCUGGCGCGCAAGAAGGCUGGUCCGGCGGAGUCCACCUCACCGGAUUCCGCGUCCAGUCCCAGCACGGAGGCGUCGGACAGCCCGCGAGACCAGGCGGAGGAGGAUAAUAAUAAUAAUAACGCGCCGCCUGUCGUCGAUGCGGGGGUAGCAGUGCCUGAACCACCGCCUCCUCCUCCUCCUGCUCAACCUCAACCUUCUGAGCCACCUCGGAAGCCCAGCGCCACCGCGCCGGCUAAUCCUCCUGCGGACAUAACGUACAGCAGGCCCAAGGUGGGAGCUGUGUACGGCCGUGUGAAGCUCAAGUUCAAGUCGUCCAAGACGGUGGACUCGCCACUGCGCCCUCAGCAGCAGCAGGAUUCUUCGGAAGCUCAAGUGCCGCCUGCUGAUGCUGGGAAAUCGGAGAGCGCUGCUGUCCCUGAAGUAAUCAAAAGAGCUGAUGCAGAGAAGGCUGCGGUCGUGAUGGAUGGGCAGCAAACAGACGGGCCGGGGUUGGAGUCGAGUGAUGCGGAUAAGGAGAAGGUGGCAAGGAAAGUAGGAGGCAUUAAGAUCAAGUUGGCGGGGCUGCCUUCUGUAGAAAACAGCACACCGGAUCGGAAAGCCGAUUCGGCAGAUGAGCCUGCUCGGAGCAAGCAGGAAGCUCUUUUGGAAAGCAAAAAAAUGGAGGAUGUGGUGGAGCUGAGGAGCUCACAGGAGUCGGAAGAAAAGCAGUCAACUCCGGAACAUCAGCGCAACGAGAAAGAGCUGGCUGCUGCACUUGAAGCUAUUAAGAAAGUUAUGAAGAUGGAUGCUGCUGAUCCAUUCAAUGUUCCAGUGGAUCCUGUUGCAUUAGAAAUACCUGAUUAUUUUGAUGUUAUUGACACUCCUAUGGAUUUUGGCACAAUAUGUCAAAAUUUGGAACGUGGUGACAAGUAUAUGAAUUCGGAGGAUGUAUAUAAGGAUGUGCAAUUCAUAUGGGAUAACUGUAUCAAGUACAACAGUAAAGGCGAUUACAUAAUUGAGCUUAUGAAACGGGUCAAGAAGGGCUUCAUGAAAUAUUGGUUGGCCGCUGGCUUGUAUUCUGAUUUUCCAGACAGCGGCGGCAACGACAACACUGGUGAUGAGGAUGCCAAAGGCCACUCAAAAAGCAAGGCUAAGAACAAAAGGCGACGCCCAGGGAACGAUCGCCACAAAAGUGACUGCAUAUGUGCUGUUUGUCAAGUUACAAGGCGUAAGAAAGAAAGGGAUGAAAUAUUGGCUAUUAUAGAUAAUGAAACUGCUGCAAUGGAUAGUAACACUUCUGAGCAGCAUGACAUGGAGGGAAACCCUGGUGGUAAUAAUCUUGGUAAUCAUGACACUUGCUCUAGCCAGGAGCAACUGUCACAAACUUAUGUGUACAAAGAGACAUCAGAAGCAAAUGAUUCUGGGAUUCGGAUGGAAGAUGUUGGAAAGUUCUCCAUUGAUCAGACAUCUAGUUUGCCGCUUCCUGACUAUGAAGACGAGGGUUCCAGACAAUGCUCGGAGGAAAAAGGACAGGCUGAGUAUAGAUAUAUGAACAGUAACGAAGAGCACACCCCCACUGGCACUCAGCCUAACGAGUACUCUGAUGUUGAGCAUCACCAGCAAAAGGGACAGACAGAGACCAGCCAAGAGGUUGAAAUGGAGGAGGAUUAUCCUAUGCAGCAGAACCCUUCAUUCCUUCAACUCUGCGCGAGCCUCUUCCCCAGCAACGGGAGCACCACUUUCAGGGUGCGACAUUCCCUGUUCCGUCUGCGACGCCGAGCUCCGGUGAAGGAGAGCCCUCUGCAUGUAGCCAUGGCGGCCAUAAUGAAGCGUUAG